AUUUUGGUGCUGAGAUGCAUUUUCGACCGUGUUGCUUUUUUGUUUGAUAAAUAAGUUUAUUUGUGGUGGUUAGGCGUUCGGGGUUUGGGCCGCUUUGGAGAUCUUCGUAUACUCUACCUAUGCCUGCGUGUACCCUGCUGUUGCGCUUUUGUUUUUUGCUUUUUUACUUUUUUUCUUUCAUGGAUAACGAUGCCCGACUCGCGUGGCGUGGAGCUUGUUGGCAAAUUGGAGGUAGCUCAGCCAGCCAGGGCCGCCGUGGCUGGCCGCCGCCGCCGCAGCGAACCGUGGGGGCGUGCGCGUGGUGGGUGGUAAAAAAAAAAAAGCGUGCACGCACGGUAGGCAUUGCGUUAUGGGGCUUAGUUAGAGACGGGAUGAGGAUGAAGAGGGGAAGCAACCAGGGAGGUGGAAGGGAAGGGUAUUCGUCCGGUCGUCAGGAUAAGGAUUGAGGGGAUGACUUUGCAGCGACGCUUCCCAGCCGUGGAGGAGACGAAUUGAUUCCAAUUGUCCAGGUGCAGCGGGGCACGGCCAAUGAGGAAUCGAGCGCAAGCGUUAGGAGGGUGAAUGCGAGGCAUGCGGAGCCGUCACAUGCGGUAGUGCGCCACUGAGCGAGUGCGAAGGAAGGGAAG